GCACGACGUGACCGGGCGGCCGCUGGUGCUCUACGAUGCCGAGGCGUCGGAGGCCGCCAAGGUGUCGUCCACCGAGCUGGCGUCCACCCUCUGCUACUUCAUGACGGUGGGCAGGAAGGACACGCUCGGCGACGGGGUGACGCUGCUGGCCGCCGUGGACGUGCUGCCCGACUGCGAGGAGGGCCAGCACCGCCUGCGCACCCUGGACGAGGCCCUGUGCCUGCUCACCACGGACGUGAAGCUGUCCAGCGUGCUGCUGUGCCAGGCGCGGCGGUCGGCGCCGGCCUCAGAGCCCUCCUCCCCGGCCAAGAGCGCCGUGCGGCGGGGGGUCCUGCCGCUCAGCGACGAGCAGUACCACAUCCUCGGGGACAGCGUGGCGCAGCGCAACUUCCUGACGGACGGCGCGCUGCCCGAGUGCUGCGGCGGCAGCCUGCGGCACGACCACGCCGCCUGGGUGGCCUUCUACCAGGAGCUGGAGCCCUUCCUCGAGGCGUGCCAGAGCUGCGGCCGCGGGCUGGCCUCCGUCAUGGCGCAGCUGGCCGAGCAGGAGACGCCCGCGUCCCCGGGGGCCUCCGCGCCCAGCGGCGGCGUCACGCCAGAGAAGUGCAACACUUCGACUCAGUCGCUGACUGAGGCGGACACCUCGGACACGGGCAGCCUGACGGGCAGCCUGUCGGGCAGCCUGCACUCGGAGCAGAGCGCGCUGUGCCGGGCGCUGUCGCAGCCCGCGCUGCUGCGGCUGCGGCGCGAGGGCCCGCGCGCGCUGGCCCGGCUCGGCGCCCUCCAGGAGCGGCUCUCGCACAGCGAGGACGUGCGCCUGGCGCUGGGCCGGGCGCGGCGCCUCUUCGCCGAGGUGGACCGCGUCGCCGUGCGCCUGGAGCAGCUCGGCGAGUCGCGGCGCGAGCGGCUGCGGACCGCCGCCCGACUGCGCGCGCUGCGCGAAGAGACCACGCAGGUACUUUCCUGGUUGACGCACACUGGGGAAGACUCGCUGCAGAGGCACUCGACGAUGGCCAGCACCUUGCCUGCCAUCCGGCAGCAGGAGCUCGACUUCGACAAGUUCUAUUUCGUCUCCAUGCGCCACCUGGACAAGGGUAGCGACCUACUGGAGGCGGCCGGGGGCAGCCUGAGCGAGGAGCCAAGCACGCUCUCUGACCUGGCCCGCUCGCUGCGACACACCCUGCGCGGCUUCAGUGACCGCCUGGAGGGCACGCGGGAGCGGCUGGAGGACACGUCGAGGUGCUUCCACCUGCUGGACCGCGCGCUCGGCUGGGCGCUGGCCACGGGCAAGGGGCUCUCCAGGGCCGGCGGCACGCCGUCCGACUGGAAGCAGCUCCAGCACCACCUCAUGGCGCACCCGCCCCCGGACCAGGGGCAGCUCGCCGAGAUGCUGCAGCUCGCGCGCAAGCUGCGCAACGAGCGCCUGCUGGAGCAGUGCAAGAUCGCCCACUCUCGCUGCCAAGAGACCCUGGAGCAGAUCCGCGCCCUGCAGGCCCGCGUGCAGCUGGCGGACGGCGAGCAGGACGUCCUGCCGGGCGGCCCUACCAACCCCCCGGCCGCCGCGCCGGCGUCCUUCCCGGUCGGCCGGCGGCGGUCCGUCGGCUCGACGCCGCCGGGCGCGCCGCCCGUGGCCGGGCUGCCCCUCGGCGCCUGGGACUCGGCCGGGACGGCGUCGUCGUCGUCGUCCUUGCCGGGGUCCCCCGCCAGCAGCGUGGCCGGCGGAGUACAAGACGGCCUCGCCAAGAUACGCGAGGAGGAGAACGGCCUCGACGAGGCGCACGCUAGUCAUGGAGCCGACGGCAGCCCCGGCAGCCCCAGCAGCGACUCAGGCUUCGGCGGCUGCUGCUCCGGUGGGGACAGCAGCCCCUCCUCGGGCCCCUGCUCCAGCCCGAGCCCCUGCUCGAGCGGCUGCUGUUCGUGCAGCCAGGGCAGGGGCCUAGGCAUCAGCCUGGGUGGUGACAGGGUGGGCUCGGCGCACCACCACCACCUCCACCACCACCACCACCCCCUGCAUCACCUCAACCACCACCAGGACGACGGUGAUGGCGACGGCCCGGAACGCCACGUUCUCCGGAGGUCGUGCUCCUGGCAGUACGCCGCCGAGCCCUUCGACGACGACUGCGGCACAUCGGUGGCCUCGGACUCCUCAAACGUGGACGAGCACAAGCUCGGGUACUCGUCCGAGCCGAGCGAGGCCUGUCCUCAGAGUGCGGAGGAGCAAGACGAGGGCGAUGAUCCUGGUGAGAACGGAGUGGAUCGUGAUGAUGAUAAGUCCUCCAGCUCCAAACUUUCCACCCCCGUGCCAGUAAACAGCCAUCUGCAUACUCACGCGUCCAAUCUGUCUCUGAAUUCCACGUCAGAAUCGGGCAACCCCGCCCUAGAAUUCCAGAGGAAAAAACAGAAAACUCUACUUCUGAUUAUGCGAGAAAUGAUCCAAACAGAGAGAGACUAUGUUAGGUCUCUAGAGUAUGUCAUUGAGAACUACAUCCCAGAGUUGGUGAGGGAAGACAUACCUCAGGCAUUAAGAGGUCAGAGAAAUGUGAUUUUUGGAAACAUUGAGAAGAUCUUCGAAUUUCAUUCUCAAUUAUUUUUGAGAGAAUUAGAGCGGUGUGAAAAAAGUCCUCUUAGUGUUGGGCAAAGUUUCUUAAGACAUGAAAGCAAGUUUUAUUUGUAUGCACUUUACAACAAAAAUAAACCAAAGUCAGAUGCUCUUAUGUCGGAGUAUGGUUCAAUCUUUUUCAAAUCCAAACAGGUGGAACUCGGAGACAAAAUGGACCUUGCCAGCUAUUUGCUGAAGCCAGUUCAGCGAAUGGGCAAAUAUGCCCUCCUACUUCAGCAACUGCUCAAAUCAGCUGGUGCACAAGAGCCUCUUGCACAGCAGCAGCAACUUGGAACUAUCCAACAGACUAAAGGCCAACAGCAACAACAGGGCCAGUUGUCAGAGCUAGCAGAGGCCGAUCAGAUGGUUCGCUUUCAGCUUCGGCAUGGUAAUGACCUUCUAGCCAUGGAUUCAUUGCGUGAUUGCGAUGUCAAUGUCAAAGAGCAAGGCCGACUUUUGCGCCAGAAUGAGUUUUUAGUGUGGCAAGGCAAAGGAAAGAAGUGUCUUAGGCAUGUUUUCUUAUUUGAAGAAUUAAUUUUGUUUAGCAAAGCACGGCGCUUUCCUGAUCGCAAGAAUUUAGACCUUUAUAUAUACAAGCACAGCAUAAAGAUGACUGACAUUGGAUUAACUGCUCGACUUGGUGAUAACUCUACACGCUUUGAAAUUUGGUUCCGGAAGAGAAAGCCACAUGAUAUUUUUACCCUGCAAGCUGCGUCCCAGGAUGUAAAACAGGCGUGGACUGAAGAUAUUUCUCAGCUACUUUGGAAACAAGCUCUUAAAAAUAGAGAGGUACGGCUAGCAGAAAUGUCAUCAAUGGGAAUAGGAAAUAAACCAUGCCUCGACAUCCGUCCUUCAGCAGAUCAGAUAAGUGACCGAUCUGUCAGCAUUGCUCAGCUGAGCAAAGGACCUCGACUACGAGGUUCACCUUCAGUCCCCCACACUGAGGGAGAGCGUACCUGUGCAAGACGCCCGCACUCCGUCAUUUCUGUGGGCAGUAGCAGUGGAGCCUCCACCUCAACUUCCUCCUCCUCAUCAAAUGCUUCCUCUUCUUCCAAUUCGUCCCGAUCUCGCCCUGGAGACACUUCACUUUGCUCUGCAGAGAGUGGUAUUAUAUCAGACAUGUCAGAGGGAAGUGGAAGUCGCUGGGGAUCUGGUGAAGGUAGGACAGAUGAUGAUUCUGACAAAACCAUGUUAAAACGAAGUGACCUAUCAUUGUCAUCUCACAUUCAUAAUUCUGAGACUGAGGAUAUUUGUAUUAAGCUUUGAAACUGCCGUGAAAUCCUAAGUAGAAGUAACUUUACCAUUGGUUUUAUGACCCAAUAUUUGUAGGCAUAGAUGUCUCCUUUUAAGAUGUGUUAUACAUUUUCAAUCUAUUGACCAUACCAUAGGAUAGGAGAUGUAAUACCUGCAUCGCUAGGAUGAAAAUGACCAAUACAUAGUUUUCUUUGUUUUGUGCAGUAAAGUCAAAAACCAGGGGGAAAAAAAGUUCAGAGGUAGCAGUACCUCUCAAGUGGCAGUCCAACCAAAGAUACUUAUUAUCAUAAACAUACUACAGAAAGAACCAUUCCACGGUGCAUAUUGCAAUUUAAAAUACCCUUAUUGAACUGAAAUUAUUAGCCUUGGUCAUUGGUCCUCCAGUCCAUUGAAGUACCUACACACAUUACUUCCCUCCCAACUGUGGAAAUUCCCAUUUAUUUGAAAAACAGCUGGCACUAAACGUAAUGUGUGUGAUUAUUAUAGGUUUAAUCUCAAAUUUCCACCAAGUAAAACUUUGACUGAAAAUUUUACAAAAUAGUAGAAAGAGACUACAAAUUGACAUAAACAUGCCACUUAAAUUUCGUUGUAUAAAACGUAAACUUUCCCACAUUAUUAAAUUAUUUGUUGCAUUUAUAUUAUGUUACCUGAUUAAGUAUGUGCUACCCAUGUAAAGCAUGUGAGUCAUAUGAAUAUGUCAAUUGAUGUGACACAAUGCCAUACUGAUGUUACAUGAGGAAGAUAUUUAAAUUAUCUUAUUAUUAAAAUAAAUUUAAGAAUGUGAGUGUAAAGAUAAGCAAAUACUCAAUGGUCUUGCCAAGUCACAAUUUGUAAUUUGGUUGUCAGGAUGAUUUCCUGUUCAUGCAUAUUUGAAUGGAGUUUAAAUACUAUUGUCAUUUUGACAGUAUCUGGCCCAUGAGAAGCUCUGUUCUCUUAGUUUAUUUUCUUGCGGUUGAAAACAUUCAUAAAAAAUUUGCAUUAUAUUUCUACAAAGAUGAGUUGACAUAUGCUGAUUACUCUCAUUCAUUAUAUACAUUUAUUGGAUUAUCUAAAAUGUAAAUAAGUGGAUUGCUUCAUAAGUAUAUGUAUAUAAAAAGUAUAAAUAUUUACUUUAUUUAGCUUGAGUAAGAAUCUUUUAGAACAUUAUCACCCAAUUUUCAGAUGGUCUCAGUGUUUCUUUAACUGUAAUCACAAUUGUGAAAAUUUCUUAUUUAUGCAUUUUUUGGUUCCUCCUGAUGUUUCUAGAACAUGGUUAGUUCAUCAUUAUUUCUGAACACUCCAUGUUUUCUAUUUUAAAAAAUGGUACUUUACUAGGCAUACUAUGAAUGUAAAAUUAGUAAUAUGCUAUAGGUGAUAAGACUACAUAUUUUCCACCACCAAGAAAAGGACCAAUAUCUUCCCUAUGAAUUUUUUAAUAGAAAUACUAAGGGUCUGUAGCUAAGACUAAUCAAUUGUAACUGUAAACAACCGCAAACUAAACAACCUCAUACAAAAUAAACCAAUUGCAUAAAACACCUC